GUUUCGACCUCUUCAGACUCGCAAGAACAUCAAUUCGACGACAAGGCAACUGCUCGGUUGAUCCGAAAGAUUGACUUGCGUCUGCUUCCUUUCCUGGCUCUGCUCUACCUGUUGAGUUUCCUCGACCGUACCAACAUCGGAAAUGCCCGCCUUGCUGGUCUCGAGAAGAGUCUUCACAUGGAGGGUUUGGACUACAACAUUGCAUUGGCCAUCUUCUUCCCCUUCUACGUCUUGGCUGAGAUCCCUUCCAACAUGAUGAUGAAGCGCACUCGUCCCGCACUCUGGAUUCCCUUCAUCAUGGUUCUCUGGGGUAUAACCACUACCCUCCUCGGUGUCGUGAAGAACUACCACGGUCUCCUUGCUGCUCGUGCUGCCCUCGGUCUCGCUGAGGGUGGUCUCUUCCCUGGUGUCACCUUCUACAUCACCAUGUGGUACAGACGCCACGAAUGUGGUCUGCGUCUCGCCAUAUUCUUCUCCGCUGCUACUGCUGCCGGUGCCUUCGGAGGUCUUCUCGCUCGUGGCAUUGUUGAGAUGGACAAGCUCGGAGGUCUUCCUGGCUGGAGCUGGAUCUUCAUCCUUGAGGGUCUCCUUACUUUCAUCGUUGCUAUUGUCGCUUUCUUCUACAUGAACGACUACCCUCAGACCGCCAAGUUCCUCAACACGGAAGAAAAGAAGGAAAUCUCCCGCCGCCUCGAAGAGGACCGCAGCUCACUUGCCGAUGAGUAUGGCAACAAGUACUUCAAACACGCUAUGGCCGACUGGAAGAUCUGGGUGCACAUGUUCAUCACCAUCGGCAUUUACACCCCUCUCUACAGUUUCUCCCUUUUCCUGCCCACCAUCGUUAAGACUCUCGGCUAUAGCAACGAGAAGGCCCAGCUCAUGAGUGUCCCUCCUUACAUCGUUGCCUGCUUCUGCUGCAUCACUGGUGGAUACUUCGCCGACCGUUUCCGCACUCGCGGUGUCUUCAUGAUCGGUUUCACCCUCACUGCCAUCCUUGGUGUUGUUCUGCAAGUCGCUUCCACCAACCCCCACGUCAAGUACGCUGGUGUCUUCCUCUUCGCUUGCGGUAUCUACCCCAACGUUCCUCAAGGUGUUGCCUGGAACGGUAACAAUAUUGGUGGCUCCACCAAGCGUGGUGUCGGUAUUGCUAUGCACGUCGGUUUCGGUAACCUCGGUGGUAUCCUCGCUUCUUUCGUCUACCUCAAGAAGGAUGCACCAAAGUUCCACAACGGCCACUUCAUUCUCAUUGGCAUGUUGAGCAUGAGUCUGAUCCUCCAGAUCUUCAUGACCGUCUACCUCCGUCGCGAGAACGCUCGCAGAGAUGCAGAGUACAAGCGUCCCGAGGACUACACUACUGAGGAGAAGACCUUGGAGCGCGAGCGUGGUGACAACGCCACUUUCUUCCGCUACACUGUUUAAGAUACCCACAGGGACUAGGAGUUGGGCUUGGGAUACGGAUAUGAAUAUGGUUACCGGCACGAAUAUGUAUGACUCUCU